UGUACGACGUACCGACUGUCUGAUUCGUACCACUGACCCUGCAAUGCAUGCGAAUCAUCCGCCCCCGGGAUGUGAGCACCCAUCCCCAUUCUCGUUCGUGUCCAUACCUUGAGCCCCAUUGUGCAUGCGCUUCGAUAACCUGGUCAAACCCCUUGCGGGGCCUGCAGAUGCAAGAUCCCGCCGUCGAGUUCAGUCAGAGACUGUAGACUGUGGUGCCCCUUUCACAUCCUCUACUCCACGGCUACUCGAUGUGGUUACCUGGCGUCAUAGAAAUAAGGCCCUUCCGACCGCUGCCAUCCUUGUCAUCUUGCCGAACUAUCCGUACCUUUUCCCCUGGGACGAAAGCACAUCUCCCGUCAUGGGCCAUGGCCUUAUCUACUCUCUCUUCCCCGCCCACCUGGCUCGAUACCCCUGUUACGCCCCGUCUCGUCCCUCAGUCUUCAAGUCGACCAGACGGUGUACAGAUAGGAUGUGCCGAGGAUGCCAGCUUUCUCUACCACAAGACCUUGCUCCCACCCAUUGUCGGCUUCUCUUAUUGCGUUAUCGUGGUGUCACCCGUCGUUGCAGCCUCUCAGCCCCCUAAUAUACGAGAUCGAUCCAUUGCCUGCAUCAUCAGCCGACCUGCGGUAGCGCUGAAGGGACAUAGAAGGACAUCAAGACGAGGAUGCCCACCUUUUUCUUCUUCUUUUUUUUCUUCCUUUCUUUCCUUCUUUUGAACUUUUGAAGGCGUUGACGGAACGUGAGGGUAGGCAUUAGGAGAUUAUCCUCAAAGGCGAGCCACAGCAGAGAUUGAGAUUCGGAU